UGAAGAAAAAAAAAAAAAAAAGAAGAAGAAGAAGAAAAACAAUGGAACAAAAAACACUUCAAACCCCUCUAAGAAUCCCCACAGUUGAUUUAGAAAUCAAGAUAAAUAUUCCUGACCAAAAUACCCCUCCUCCUCCGACAUGUAACUCCGGCAAAAACGUUACGCCCGACCGGCUCAAGGUCCCCAAGGCAUUCAAAUUUCCCGAAAGAUACACUAGUCCGACCGAUCAGAUAAUGUCUCCCGUUACUAGAGGAAUCCUUGCUAGAUGCAGAAAAGGAAGCAAACUCUUGCCACCUUCUUCUAAGAUUCAAGCGUUACACCUUCAAGAAUCAUAGGGUCUUUCCCAAUCCGGAAAAUGCUGAAAAUUGACGAAUAUAUAAUUAGUCUUUAUUGUUUGUGUUAUGGUCUUUGUAAUCUUCACUACAUCUAUAUGCAAACAAAUUCUCUUAA